CUGAUAAAUUUCAUCUUUUCUCUUUUUUCCAGAUCAGUCUCCAUCACAGUUUAUCCAUGUUAGUCAUCCUCUCCAAGAAUCAGCUUUGGAUUCUAGUAAUCAUCUCUCUUGUUUUUUCUGUUUUCUAUUUCACCAAUUUCUGACUCAUUAUUUCCUUUCUUCUGUGUAGUUUCUCUUUGACUUUUUACACACAGAUCGCCUAGAACACCGAAGGUAAUAAUGAGAAAUCACACGGUCAUAACAACAUUCAUCUUGGUGGGACUUACAGAGGACCCAGAGCUACAAGUUCUGAUUUUUAUCUUCUUAUUUCUUACCUACGUGCUGAGCAUUACUGGGAACCUGACCAUUAUCAUUCUUGCACUCACAGAUUCUCAUCUUAAAACGCCUAUGUAUUUUUUUCUUUGAAACUUCUCCUUCUUAGAAAUCUCAUUCACAACAGUCUGUAUCCCCAGAUUCCUGUACAGUAUAUCAAGUGGGGACAACAUCAUGACUUAUAAUGCCUGUGCCAGUCAAAUAUUUUUUAUUGGACUCUUUGGAGCCACCGAGUUUUUUCUCCUGGCCGCCGUGUCCUAUGACCACUGUGUGGCCAUCUGCAAACCCCUGCAUUACAUGAGCAUCAUGAACGGCAGAGUCUGCACCAUCCUUAUCCUCUGCUGCUGGACCUCUGGGUUGAUGAUCAUCAUCACACCACUCAGUGUGGGCCUCCAGCUGGAAUUCUGUGACUCCAACGCCAUUGAUCAUUUUGGCUGUGAUGCAUCCCCUCUCUUUAAGAUCUCAUGUUCAGAUACAUGGUUCAUAGAACAGAUGGUUAUAAUCUGUGCAGUCGUGACAUUCAUCAUUACACUGAUAGGUGUUGUUCGUUCAUACAGAUGUAUCAUCAGGACAAUUCUCAGAUUUCCUUCUGCUUCACAAAGAAAGAAGGCUUUCUCCACGUGUUCUUCUCACAUGAUUGUUGUUUCCAUUACCUACGGCAGCUGUAUUUUUAUCUAUAUCGAGCCUUCAGCCAAAGAAGAGGUGGACAUUAACAAAGGAGCAUCUGUGCUCACUACAUCUAUUGCUCCAUUGUUGAACCCCUUUAUUUAUACUUUGAGGAACAAGCAAGUGAAACAAGCUUUCAAUGACACGAUCAAAAAAAUUGCAUUUACAUUACACAAGAGCAAGCUGAAUCAAAUGAAAAUGAUAGAUUUAUUGCUUAAUAUUUUUUCCAAAGACCCUAACUAGUUCAGUAAGAGGACACUUCUUAUGAAUCCUUCAUAUCUUGAUUUGUGAAACUACAUGGAACAAAUCCUCUCUCUCAAAACCAAAAUAAUUUAUAUCAUUACAAGAAGAUGAGAAUUUAUUUCCAAGAAACAAAAUCACCCUUCAUCUCACAAUAAGCCUUUCCAAUAUUAGCCAAAAGAAACUGCAUAACUUGUUAAAUAUGGUACCAAUGAUUUCUAAGAAAUUUUUGGAAGAGUUUCGAUGAACUCCUUUAAUUUGCAUA